ACACACAUAUAUAGCAUUCAAAAACCUAUAAAGGAUUCUUAAAAAUUUUCACCACAGGGAGGUAGCUUACAUGGUUAUUUUGUGGAUGCGACACCAUUUACUAUUCCAGUCAAGAAAGAUAAUGGAGAUUCUAAACCAAAAACUAGUUCUCUCGAGGAAACUGACGGAAAGACCGAAUCAAAACCUAAUUCACUUGUUGAGGAGCUUGGUGAAAUGCUAAAAAUAAAGGGGUUCAAUUACCAUGGUGUGGAGGUAUUAUAUAGUGGUGUAUAUGGAACAGAGCUCACAUGUGAGAUCUUUAUUGGGCCUGUUUAUUAUCAGAGACUCCGGCACAUGGUUUCAGACAAAUAUCAGGUCCGAUCGACUGGAACUAUUGGUCAGGUCACCCGACAACCUAUCAAAGGACGAAAGCGUGGUGGUGGUAUUCGUUUUGGAGAAAUGGAACGAGACUCCAUGCUUGCACAUGGGGCGGCAUAUUUGUUGCACGAUAGGCUCCACACGUGUUCUGAUUAUCACAUUGCUGAUGUGUGUACACUAUGCGGAAGCAUCCUCGCAACAACAUCUAUCCAGCAACAAAAGCAGAUACAAAAGCCGAAGAAGUUUGGGGGGCUACCCCCGGCUAGACCACCCAAAAAGGUCAUUUGCCAUGCUUGCCAGUCCAGUAAAGGGAUGGAGACAGUUGCUAUGCCUUAUGUGUUCCGAUAUUUGGCUGCAGAGUUGGUAGCUAUGAAUAUAAAAAUGACCCUUCAGCUAAGCAAUGCUGCUGGAGCCUGACAGUUGUAGCUCAGAAAGUACAGAAUUGUGUUAAAUGGUGCCAUGAUCAAGGCUUUCUUAAAUGGUGUAUCAUUAGUUGUGCCAGAGACAGGUUUCAAUAUGUUGAAGGCGUAGGUGUUAUAAAUGAUGAUGAUGCUGAGAUCUCAAUGGCUUGAUAUAUAUUGAGUGGCCACGAGAGGGGGUGUAUUUAUCUGUAUUCUCAUACCAAGAAGAUGGAAAGCUUUUUUCAUUUUUCCAAUUUUGUGGUGUUGGUAUUUUUCUCCUCUUGUUCAGCUUAAUGCGAGUCUAAUUUAUAGAAGGGAAAGCUUUGUAAUAUAGACUGUUUAUUUUCUUCAAAUAUAAUCUGUGAGAAAAUUCAAAAGUUCUUUUAAUGAAUUCCUUUUGAGCCAA